AUGGGGCACAAAGAGGUCUCAUGGCUAGGUCCAAGCUAUGGUCUUGCAGACCACCCGAAGGGUGUCAUUGUGCAACGUUUGUGGUCCGUCGUGUCCAUAAAGAGACUUCAACGUCUCUAUUCUCGUCUCCAACAACAAGCCCUAACGAUUACUCCAUCUGUGAUUUCAUCUUCUCCAUCGAUCGCCCCCUCUGUGAUUUCAUCUUGUCCAUCGACAAUGGUGAUGUGCUUCUACAGAAAAUGGACGAUAGUUCAGACAUCAUGGACAGAUAACAACCCACAACGUCGAUUUUGGGGAUGUUCUGACCCGUAUGAUGAACCCAUGUGUGCUCGUUCCAAAGCUAUAAUACCCGGGCUGCUUAGGACAAUCAAUAAGCUACGAAAAGAAGUGGAUGAUAUAAAAGAUCAAGCAAGUAAUCAUGAAAAAGAAGUGGUGUUGUUGUAA